AUGAGGACCCUCGCGUUCCUUCUGGGCAAGGCGCUAAGGAGAAGGUUUCGCCUCCUGCUGGUCUUCGGGCUGCUCGCCGUGGGGCUCUGCGCAGCCUACCUGGAGCUGGUGGUGCUGGCCGACCGGAAUGGACACCCCCUGAACCACCGAUAUGGAAGCUGGAGUGAACUGGCAAAAGCACUGGAGGAACAAAACAAACCGAGAGUUGAUCCAAAUCUGAAGUUCUAUUUGCCUGUAAAGACAAACAUUCAGUUCCAAGGUGAAGUAAAUCUUCAUGUUUUCGAAGACUGGUGUGGUGCAUCUAUUGAACAAUUGAGGAGAAAUCUUCACUUUCCUUUGUAUCCUCAUACACGGACUACAUUGAAGAAGCUAGCAGUAUCACCCAAAUGGAGAAACUAUGGAUUGCGGAUCUUUGGUUACCUGCACCCAUACAAGGAUGGUAUGUUUCAGUUUGCGAUUGGGGCUGAUGACAAUGCCGAGUUUUGGCUGAGCCAAGGAAAAAACAUCUCAGAGCUUCAACUGAUGGCCAGCGUAGGCAAGACUGGAAAUGAGUGGACGGCACCAGGUGAAUUUGGGAAAUUCAGGAACCAAAAGUCAAGGCUGGUGAAAUUGUCAUCUGCAAACAAAUAUUACUUUGAAAUUCUGCACAAGCAGGACGACAAAGGAACAGAUCAUGUGGAAGUUGCAUGGAGACUGGAUAAUCCUGAAGCCAAGUUUACAAUUAUUGAUUCUGAAUUCCUCUCCCUUUAUGUUGACGAAACUCUUAUCAAAAUGGAUGAAGUUGGUCAUAUCCCACAGACACCAGCCACUCGGGCAAACCAGAUGCGGCCUAGUCAGGAGGCUAUGGAACACCCAGCUGACAUGCUGAAGGCUGACCCCCGGGACACCAUCUAUGCAUUGCCUCUCUUAAGGAAAUCCCACAUCCGCCGGAUCUUUCCAGAAUGUCAAUACAAACCAAGUUAUGUGGUCAAUGGAUUCAAACUACAGCGCUACCAGGGCCUUACUUUUGUACGACUGUCCUUUGUGUAUCCCAAUGACUACACCCGGUUGUCACACAUGGAGUCACUUAACAAAUGCAUCUACCAGGAAAGUGACUUGUAUCUGAACAGGUUUGGAUUUUCUAAAUACAUGCAAAUGGAUCCACCAGAAGAUGGAUCGAAAAUGCAAGGUAUGUAUCUUUAUGUCAGACCAGGAACUUAUGAAGAAGACAGUUUUGAUGAACCUCAAUAUGCAGAUCCAGAAGCAGCAGAGAUAAAGACAGGAAAAAACCACGGGGCUGCUGAUCAGUACGGCGAUAAUUCCAUUCACAAACAUCGGAAUAUCUUGUCGGUUACCAAAAAGAGGCAGAAGAAAGACGAGCAGAGAUAUAAAACCAAAGUAGAAAGUUCUCCUACACCAAGGGCUUCCCAUCUGAUAUUCAGCUCAAACUUUCCAAACCUCCCCGAUCAGGAAAGGAAUGUCCGCAGAUCAACCACCAAAAGGAAAGUAGAAGGCCAGGAUUUACAGACCGACAAAAGACCCAAGGUGACUAAGGGACACGGGAAUUCAACAAGAGAAGCCAGCCAACCUCAGUUAGGCUUUAAUGCAACCAGAAACCAAAAGGCCUUAUUGGAUGCCAUCCAAACCGGAAGGAACCCCUCCAAAAUUGAAGAAACUGGCAAGAGAACCCCUCGACAGCAGCCUGAGAUGCAUGAGGACCAAUGGCUUAAUCAAGUAGAUACCUACAUAGCCCAACAUAAAGCCGCAGAUGCUGCUAAUGCCAUUAUUGGCGGGGGGGAUUUAGAUGCCAAGCAGCAAGUCAGGUUGACGCAUUCUUCCCACGAGGCAACCCGAAAGGAAGAGCAUGUUACAAUAGUGGAAGAAGAAGAAAAUGAAGAUGAAGGAGAAGAAAACGAAGAUGACUUCUUUGGUGCUCCUCCUCUUCUCUAUGACCCCGUGGUGAAUUGGAAGCAGACUUUCAAGGCCAGCAAUGUAGACUUCCAAGCGUUACGGUCAGACUGGAUUGAUUUGAAGUGUAACACUUCCGGGAACCUGCUCUUAAAAGAGAAGGAAGCCAUCCAGGUGGUUCAGGUGUUCCUUAAAAAACUGAACCAGAAGACCAAAGGGCGGUUCCAGUUAGAGCGCAUCAUAAAUGUGGAGAAGCGUCAAGAUUACCUGCGAGGCAGCCGUUACUUUCUGGAGCUGGAACUGUUGGAGCAAGGAAAACGCCGAGUCCGUUUCUCAGAAUAUGUCUACACACGGGGCUGGCAUGGAGGCAGCACUGGAGAGGAGGAAGCCAAUAUGAAGGAGUUGGCAUGGGGCCACCGACGUCACCUGAUGACCAGCAGGGAUGAGCCUGUGCUCUGCUGGCCGUUAAGCUUCUUAUGGAACCACCGUGCAGUUGUCCACUUUAUAGUGCCCGUGAAAAAUCAGGCCCGCUGGGUGAAGCAGUUCAUUUUUGACAUGGAAGAGCUCUUUAGGAUCACUAAGGACCCCUAUUUCAAUGUCAUCAUUGUAGACUACAGCAGUGAUGACAUGGAUAUAGAAAAAGCUCUGAAACAGUCCACCUUGCGCAGCUACCAGUACUUGCGAUUGUCUGGGAAUUUUGAGAGGUCUAAGGGUCUGCAGGCUGGUAUAGACAAAGUCCGGGAUUCUCACAGCAUCAUUUUUCUUUGUGACCUGCACAUCCAUUUCCCGGCAGGGUUCGUUGACUCUGUUCGGAAGCACUGUGUGGAAGGGAAAAUGGCCUUUGCACCCAUAGUUAUGAGACUGAAGUGUGGUGCGACUCCACAACAGCCAGAUGGCUACUGGGAAGUUAAUGGUUUUGGUCUCUUGGGCAUAUAUAAAUCUGAUUUGGUUCGUAUCGGCGGAAUGAACACGGAAGAGUUCCGUGACAAAUGGGGAGGAGAAGACUGGGAGCUCUUGGACAGGAUAUUUCAGGCAGGCCUGGAGGUAGAGCGUCUUUAUGUCAGGAAUUUCUUCCAUCACUACCAUUCCAGGAGGGGAAUGUGGAAUCGACGCGUGCUACAGAUCUGA